AUGAAGUCAUACUUUGGACUUCGAGGUACGAACCUCAAUAUUAUGAUCAGUAUAAUUGCUGGUCUUGAUUUCUUGUUGUUCGGAUACGACCAAGGUGUUAUGGGAGGUCUAUUGACCUUGAACUCCUUCGUUAAAACUUUCCCGGAAAUCGACACUACCAAAUCCAGCUCGUCAACAAGUAACAACUCCACUACACAGGGCAUUACUGUUGCUUCAUACAACUUGGGUUGUUUCUGCGGCGCAAUCUUCUGUAUCUGGAUCGGAAACUACCUCGGACGUCGCAAGACUAUCUUCACCGGCUCGAUCAUCAUGGUCAUUGGCGCUACUCUACAGGCCUGCGCUUACUCCCUGCCACACCUUAUUGUCGGUCGUAUCGUAACUGGUAUCGGCAAUGGUAUGAACACAUCUACUGUUCCUACAUGGCAAUCUGAAUGCUCCAAGUCCCACCACCGCGGCCAGCUAGUCAUGCUCGAAGGUGCCUUGAUUGCCGGUGGAAUCACAAUCAGCUACUGGAUCGAUCUUGGAUUCUCUUUCCUAGACCCCAGCUCGGUAGCAUGGCGGUUCCCAAUUGCCUUCCAAAACAUCUUCGCCUUGAUAAUCCUCUUUUUCGUCCUUCCUCUACCCGAAUCGCCCCGCUGGCUCAUUCUCAAGGGCCGCGAAGAAGAAUCCCUAGAAGUCCUCGCUGCAAUUCUCGACAAGGAAGAAACUGACCCAUAUGUCCUCUCCGAGUUCUCCGCCAUAAAAGAUGCCGUCAUGGAAGCCUCGAGCGUCAGCAUGCGCGACCUGUUCACAAUGGAUGAAGACCGCCACUUCCACCGUGUCGUCCUGGCAUAUGUCAACCAGAUGUUCCAACAGAUCUCCGGUAUCAAUCUGAUUACAUACUACGCUGCUACAAUCUACGAGUCCAUUGGAAUGGACAGUCUGACGUCUCGCAUCCUGGCAGCCUGCAAUGGAACGGAGUAUUUCCUCGCCUCUCUCAUUCCCAUAUUCAUCAUUGAGAAGGUUGGACGUCGGCCACUCAUGUUGAUUGGUGCUGCCGGCAUGUCUAUGUCGAUGAUUGUCUUGGCUGUCACCACUAGCUUCGAGGGCAAUACCCAGACCGGCAUUGCGGCAGCAGUGUUCUUAUUUGUUUUCAACACUUUCUUUGCUUUGGGCUGGUUGGGCAUGACUUGGCUGUAUCCCGCUGAGAUUGUUCCUCUGCGUAUUCGCGCCCCUGCUAACGCCUUGGCAACUUCCGGUAACUGGAUCUUCAACUUCUUAGUUGUGAUGAUCACACCUGUCGCAUUCGACUCGAUCAAGUACAGAACUUACAUUAUCUUUGCUGUCAUCAACGCAUUCAUCUUCCCAGUUGUUUACUUCUUCUACCCAGAAACAGCCUACAGAUCCCUUGAAGAAAUGGACACAAUCUUCCACAAGACAUCCAGCAUCUUCGACGCCGUCUCUGUCGCCCGCAACGAGCCCCACCGCUACGGAAAGAACGGCGAGCUUCUUAUCAACUACCAAGAUACCGAGGAGCAUCUUCGUCGUGCUAGCUUUGUUUCGGAUAAGCAGACGGGUAAGGUUAAGAAUGUUGCUGAUCUGGAGACUGGGAAGGGGACGCACCUUGAACAUCGGAAGGAUAGUUCUUCAGAUAGUAACUGA